AUACACUUUUAAACAUCACGUUUUUAGAAAACAGGCUAUAAAGAAAAUGAUGUUCCUUCUCACUAAACUAUAAAAACGAUACAAAACUGCCUGCUUCAGAAAUUAAUUGGAAAAUUGUAAGUUGUGAAUGACGGAUAUAACGUCGUUUUAAUGAUAAUUAGACGAGCUUGCUUGCUCGGCAGUACCGAGGCUAGUAAUGACGAAAUUACGGCGUGAAGAUGGCAACUGGUAAGUCCGACUUCAUCAACGGAUAUAUAACAUAUAAAUUGCUUCAUUAGGACCGGAGCCUGAUCCAGCUACUUCACUUUGACGGGGGCGAGGGGCAGAAAGCAGCCGCACCCUGAGGACCGGAGGGCGGCAGGAGUAGCGCACCGCACACCGCCUCAGACCUCGAAACGAACAGGGCAGUACAUCUGACCGCAAAGACAUUUCUGCAGGCUCUGCAGUGAGACGAGAUGCCUCUCAGGGUGGACGGAGACCCGGGUUACGGGAGCGUGACGGCCGGCGCGGCCCCCGUGCCGUCGGGCAGCCCGGGGGGCUCGGAGACGGUGCCCCUCCUCAUCCCCGACACAGAGCCCCCGGAGCGGAGCCUCUCGGGGCCCCUGAGCAAGGAGGAGCUGGAGGAGGUGGCCGGGACCCCGUGGUGGAGGAAGCUCCGUGCCCGCCUGGUGCUGCUCUUCUGGCUGGGCUGGCUGGCCCUGCUGUGCGGCGCCGUGGCCAUCAUCGCCACCAGCCCCCGGCCCAUCGCCCCGCCCCUGCAGUGGUGGCAGAGGGCGCUCUUCUACCGAAUGCAGCCCGCCCUGCUGCUGUCCGCCCACGGGGACGGGCCAGGGGGCAUCAACGGGGUUCGGGACCGUCUGCCCUACCUGGAGUCCCUGGGGGUGGGAGCCCUGGUGCUGGAGGGACUCUUUCCCCAGGACAGCGCCCCCUCCGACCUCAUGCAGUUCAAUGAAACCCUGGGAACCCUGGCCCAGUUCCAGCAGCUGGUCACAGAAGGGCACAGUGCAGGUAUGAAAAUCCUAUUGGACCUCUGCAACCUGGAUUUAUCAGAUGGACCAGCAGAAACAUCUGGGCCAGUACAGAAUGCAUUGCAGUUCUGGCUGGAACAGGGGGUGGCUGGAUUUGGUAUAUGUGACACAGACGUUGCCUAUUCAGAACAGACUCUGCAGGAGUGGAGGGCCCUAGUGCAGGAUUAUAACCAAGAGGACAAUGAGAGGAUCUUGAUGGUGCGGCAGGUGUGGCAGGCUGCCUCAGAGCCCGGCGUCCCCAGCGCUGUGGUGAACAGCUCUCUGGUGCAUCUGCUGAUCCAGUCCCUGCUCCCCUCCUCUCCCCGCCCGCUGACCUCACUGGAGGUCGCCGUCGCCGUGGAGACCGUGCUGCUGAUGCCCCAGAGACAGUGGCCGAGCUGGACAAUGGGAGGGGCAGUUUCAUGGGAGCUGCAGCGGAUGCUUAUGAUCCUGUCGAUGACCCUUCCUGGGACCCCCGUCAUCAACUAUGGUGAAGAGAUCAGCCACUCACAGAAUGCCUCUACCAACGCCAGCUCAAGGCAUCGGGAAGCUCUGAUUGACAUUGCUGAUGAUUUCGUGCCAAAUGAUAAGAAGGCCAGGCGCACAGCUCUGGCCCUGUUCCACUCGCUCAGUCACUCCCGUUCCCGCGAGGAGGUGCUCCUCUUCGGCAACUUCACCUUCCUCCCCUUCGCCAACUCCUCCUCUUCCUCCUCCCCUGCGGUCUUCACCAACUCCUCCUCUGCCGCCUCCCCCUCCUCGCCUGCUCCCGGCCUCCUGGCCUUCCUGCGCUCAUGGGGCUGCGUGCACCUCCUGGUCCUGUUCAAUUUGGGCCCUGACCCCCAGGAGCUGGACCCCAGCUGGGCCCCCAGCCUCCCCACAGGGGGCGUUUACGUGACCAGCACGGGUCUGGACCGCGUAGGGGCCCUGUCCCUGACAACACUGACUGUCAAUCCGCAGGAGGCCAUGGUCAUUAAACUGUUUGAGGGUGGCAGCUAUUCCUAAAACUAUAGACAAAAACUGCCUGAAGACCCAGAGUCAAGAGCCCUGACUUUGGUCACAAGAAGGGCUGGAUCUUGCCUCCCACAGAAACCGAUAUACCAGAUACGUUUUCAUUAAAUGUAAUAGCAUUAA